CUUUUAUCUCAAAAUUAUAUACGAAAAAUCCUCAUCCUUAAAAUAAUAUAUAAAUUAAAUGAAUCCAGCAUCAUAAAAUCAACUUAAAUUAAGACUUAAAACAUUGAAAAUUUGAUAAUAAAUCCAGCAACAAAAAAAUUUAAAUGUAUAUAGCAACAAGAAAUUAAGCAGGAAGUAAAACGAGAAAAGGCAAAGUGGAAGGAAAGAAAUUUUAUAUUUGUGUAAAUAUGUUGCAAAUGUUAAUGUGGAUAAAAUUACUCUUGUUGGGAUUAUUGUUCGAGAAAACUUAUGGGAAUAUAGAAGAUGAAGCGACUGUUGUGCGAAAAGUCGAGGCUGUCAUAGGAAAAUAUGGACAUUUAUCCUGUAAUCUCACAUCUGACAUUCGUGACGAUAGAAUCGCAUUAGUAAUAUGGUACAAGGAGGGAAAGACUACACCAAUUUACAGCUAUGAUGCACGUGAUUCAAAUGCCAUCGAUGGCGGCAGUCAUCAUGGCAUGAAUUCCGAUGGAAAAUAUUACUUUAACACAUCAUCACUUAAUCCAGCAUCUUUUGCGAUUGCUAAUCUAACAGCAGAUGAUGAAGGUACUUAUCGUUGUCGUGUCGAUUUUCAUCGGAGUCCAACGAAGAACACAAAAGUUCAACUUUACGUAAUCGUACCACCUGAUAAUAUUCUCAUCCUUAAUGAGCUUAAUCGGCACAUUUCACAUUAUAUACUCGGGCCAUAUAAUGAAGGCUCAUCAAUAAACCUCACGUGCAUCAGUCAAGGUGGACGUCCACAACCAAAGUUAACCUGGUGGCACAAUAAUCAAUUACUUGAUACUGUUGAUAUUACGAGACUGUCUGACAAAAAAGUCAGAAAUGUUCUGUAUUUAAAGAAUCUCGAUAGGAAAAAUUUGCUUAGUAGUUAUACAUGCCAAUCGUCAAACAAUAAUUUAACCGAUCCAAUAACUUCGUCUGUCAUGAUAGAUUUAAACUUGAGGCCUUUAUCGGUUAAAAUUAUGAAGGAUUUAAAAUUCAUGUCAACAAAACAGAAAUACAAUUUGAAAUGUGAGGUGAGAGGGUCACGUCCAGCACCGAAAAUAAGCUGGUGGCUAGGCUCAACGAUGCUAACAAACACAAGCGAAAUGAUGCUGAAAGAUGGAAAUGCGACUGGUUCCGUGCUAACAUUCAUCCCAAAUAUCGAGGAUCAAGGAAAAUUUCUCUCAUGUCGAGCUGAAAAUCCUCAAAUUCCCGACUCGGGUGUUGAAGAUGGUUUUAAAUUAAAUUUGCAUCAUGAGCCGCUUAUAAAACUUGAACUCGGUACAAAUCCGGUUGUUGAGGGAAAUACAGUUGGCGAAGGAGCGGAUGUUUAUUUCGAAUGUAAUAUUAAAGCAAAUCCUCCAGUUUAUCGAGUGGCAUGGAAGCAUAAUGAAAAUGAUUUACAUAAUAAUCCACAGGAAGGAAUCAUCAUCCGAAAUCAGUCCCUAGUUUUACAAAAUAUAUCACGUGUUCGUCUUGGUGAAUAUGUUUGUAUAGCAAGCAAUUCUGAGGGUGAUGGUUACAGUCAACCCGUACAGUUGAAUGUUCUUUAUGCUCCAAUUUGUAGGCCAGGUUUACCACAAACAUACAGCGUAGAUCGAGGCGAAAUUGCCAACAUUAAAUGUGAAGUUGAAUCAAAUCCAAUGGCACAUGAUUUCAGGUGGAAAUUCAAUUCAUCGUUUGCUGAUUUCACCGAGCUUCAAACAAGCGACGAUGUUAAAAGCAUUUUGGAUUUUAAACCGCAAAGUGAGAAUGAUUAUAUGGGAACGGUAUUGUGUUGGGGCAUAAAUUCAAUUGGUAUGCAAACCGAACCGUGUGUAUUUCAAGUUGUUCCGGCAGGAAAACCUGAACCACUGAGUAAUUGCACAGUUGUUAAUCAAACUCAGAACUCAUUUCAAGUCUUAUGUGUUGAGGGCGAUGAUGGUGGAUUUCCGCAAGACUUUGUAGCUGAGCUGUAUUAUGCGAGAGAAAAAUAUAUCACAAAUUCAAUAUCCUCAAGAGUGCCGAUAUUUGAUUUGAAAGGCUUAAACCCUGGACAAGAAUAUGAUAUUGUACUUUCAGCAAUCAAUAAAAAAGGAAGAUCAUCGUCAUAUGUAAUAUCCGCCUACACAUUAAAGAUGCCUGAGAAGCAUACAGACUUGGCGCUAUCCGUGACGACAGCACUGAUGCAAAAACGUGAAAUAUUAAUGAUGGUUGCGGGCAGUGUGAUAGGAAUAAUUGUCAUUGCAUUGUUGAUAACAAUUGUGGCGAAAAUGCGUGGAACUCGUAGAUUGGAAUCAAAAGCAAUGGUAGCGUCAAGUCUUCCAUCACUUCCAUCAGCAAAUGAUAAUGAAAGCUGCGGGAAUUUAGAUCAACAUCAGCAUUAUUUACAUCAAGAGUCGCCUGAUAGUUCGGAUAAAAAUCCAGACAUCAUACCACACACGACACUGGAAGAAUGGCAAGAGGCAAACCAAAAGCAGAUUUAUGGAUCAAUGCAUUAUCGGAUUCCCACAGCAUUUUCACCACCACAAUCACACCUUCAUCAACUGCAGCCACAAACAGCUGCUUCGGCUAUUGCAGCUUACAACAAUUCCAACACUGCCAAUGGCAUGAUUAUUUAUUCUGGCGCCACAUUGGGUCGUCCUCAUAUGAAUAAUAAUUUUAAGCGAAUCGAUUCUAAUGGCAUUUGUGCUCAGCAGUUUGAUUUAGCAUCGCCGCCAUUACAGCAACAUUACCAGAAGUAUUAUCUCCAACAGCAACAGCAACAUCAUUCGAUUAAUACACAAACAACGGGUCUGGUGAUUGCAAGCUAUCAAACUGCGCCAUUAACAGGUUUAAAUACAGCACAACAGCAUACAACAUUAGAUAGAUUUCCAACGCCUCCGUCACCAUCAUUAUUCGUAUCUGCCAGCACAACUAAUCCUGUUUGCAACUCUAAUGAACCGCGAUCGAUUCUGAAGUCUACAAUAUCCGAAAUACCCUAUACACAUAGUCAGCAAAUGAUGAGCAGCCAUGAAACACCAUUUUGAAAUAUUUUUACAUUUUAAUAUGUAUCGAAUAAUGCUCACAGCACUACAUGAUGUACGAGAGAGCCAAGACGGAUGGAUAAACUUGAAUCUCAUCGUGAACAUUUGAGAACGAAUAGGAUCGAUGGUUUGGUAGACAAAUUGAACAAGAAGAAGUCAUUAAGGUUGUUAGACAAACAUACGAAAUACUUUUAAAUUAUAUAAUAAAAAAAAUUCAUGAACAUUUUACAGAA